AUGGCUUUACCAAACUCCUCGGGCUCAUCUGGAGCUGACAAGCCCAACCCCAGUCUCAUCGAUCUGGGUACAUUCUUCGUGGACUCUGAUAUCAUAUUUGGAUUUACCAGUCAUCUUCUGAGGAGAAAAGCAAAGGUGAGUGAGUGCACUCUAAAUAGCUGUAACAUACUCAAACAUAAAAUGUAACCUAAUACACACCCCUAACUACCUUGAAAAUUAAAAUGAUAAUAAAUAAGUAAGUUGAUAGACAAAGUGACCAGUAACGCUACAACCUGGCUUUACAGGUAGACUAAGCUACAAAGUCAAUUGUCUUGCAUCCUGUCCAUCUCAACUUGACGGGCGUCCGCUAUUUCAGGACCAUGAACAGCUCCCCUGAUUGUCAGAUGCGCCUUAUCAACCAUGGCAACUUCAUAGCGUGAUCACUGGUUGGAUUUCUCUUCUUCAAAAUAAUUUCAACAAACAGAAGAGAGUAGCAGGGUGGAUGGUGCUUUGUGGUCCCAAACACUCAUUGCUUUAAUAAGCAAUGUGGCUACUGCAAUCGCAGCGCUCAUUCGCUGUGCGCUCUCUCUCCUGUUCAGAAGGCACCUAGCAGUGAUAGCCAAAAAUUAAGACUCGAAAUCAAUGACCACAAUGACUGACUUGAUUGGUCAUAGUUUCAGAUAAAAACAUAAUUUCCUUAUUUAUGACAAAAUAGUCUAAGUCAAUUUUGUAUUUGCCUUUUUGGGUGAAUAACUUAUGUUAUGUUUCAUGUGUAAUUGCAAAAUAAACGUUUGGCAGUAUUAAAUUGGCCUCAUUCUGUUAACCCCAUAAGGACGCCUAUAAUUUGCUACCAGUUGCGCUGCCAAGCGUGAACCCACUCAACCCAGUUGACGACACAGACAGACAAAGGGCUGCAACUGGGUCAUGUGAGGGUAGAAGGAUCCUCAAAACGAAGCACGAAGCCACUGUCGCUUACAUCAUCAACAUCAAAUAUUUAAAGUUGAUUAAUAAAAUAUUUAACCUGGCCCCUUAUUUCGGAAAAUCCAUCCUGCAAUCUGUGUAUUUACCAGAUGAUGGCGCCAAAGUAACAAGAACGGGACGCAUUUGGCUGUAAAGCUCAGUAGGUGAGGCUCUGUACUGUGCCCAUUGACUUGUCUGUGAAGCAAUAUCAAAAAAUGUGUCUGCUUGUGUGAGAAGAGGAUACAACCAUUGACUACAACAAUCUAAAAUAUGAAUAUUUCAAAUAAUAAUGACAUUAGGCUAUAGAAAUAACUCAGUCAUCUGCCUACUAUCAUGCUAUAUAGGAUGAGGUCUGAUACCAACAGGCUCAGAGACCGUUUCUAUCCACAAGCCAUCAAACUGCUGAACACUUGAACUGGACUGACCACCUGCACUUACUCUCUGCACCUUUGCACACAUGCAUUCACUCACUCACUCACUCACUCACCAAAAGUAGUGCACUGGGCUUUUACAACUCCUGUUUUAGCGGACCAGUAUAGCCGUCUGCAGCGUGGGGAAAAACAUGUUAUUUCACAAAAGUAAUGCACUGGGUCUUUACUACUCCUGUAUUCAGGGCUGGUCCUGACUAUUCUGAUACAAAAAUAUUGCCCCCCUGCAAAACUAGAAUAGUCUCAGUAAGCAAAAUGAUGUUGAAAAGAUGUCUAUUUUCCAGACAUUGAAAGGGAAUGGAAUGGAUUUAUUUAAUUGUAAAUCAAAAUGACUGUUAAUGUUGUUGUUUUUUUACUACUCUCACCAUUUUAGAAUUUUGGCAUUUUGACCGUGUCCCAGUAUGCCAAUCGCCUACUUUCAAACUGGGACACCCUGUUGGCCAUUUGAAUGCAGAAAAAAUAUUUCGGGUAUUAUGAAAUACAUGUUUUCUUAACAGAAAUCAAUUUUUCUAAAUAGGAUCAAAUAUUCAAUUUCAUUUUCCUCAAAUCUGCUAUCAGCUAGCUUGCUAGAAAAAGCUAUCAUAGCUGCACUUUACUUAGAAAGAUAUUACCUCACCAACAUUACAAAUCCUAGCUAGCUAUAUUCAUAACCAUACAGGUGUAUGAUGACUAAAAAAGUUUAUUUUGCUGUAUUUGACUGGUGACAAUAAAACAGUCAUUGAAAUUGUUGAGGGGUAAGGUCUUUCUGGUUUCGUUCUACAAAAUGUCCAUUAGAGUGUAGUGUUGAGAAUGUUGAGCUGAUAGGCCUAGAUGAAGUUCACUUUCUUUUAUUUAUAGGCUAUACAAUUACAUAAUCAAUUAUGUUGAUAAUAAUAAUAAUAAUAAUAAUAAUAAUAAUAAUAAUAAUGAUAUUAAUAAAUGAUCAUUCUUAAUGUUCCACAAAAAUAGAAUGUUUUAAUACAUUUCAUUUGUAUGAAUAAUUGAAGUUUAUCUUUAAAAUAGUGAAAUUACUCAUAUACUCUCUAAUUUAUCCUUCCUUACAAUAAAGAAUUAAGUGUCCCACUUUAACACUCAAUGUGUGCCAAUUUGCCAAUAUCGACUGAUAAAAAUUGGUCUCAGCACAAUUUGUGUUUUUAAGAAGAGUCACCCCAUCAUGUGUUUAAUAUUUCUUAAUUUUUUAUUUUGUAUAGUGUAGUAGAGUUAUUAAGCUAUUUAGAAUGGUAUCAUGUUGGGCGUUAAAACAAUGGGAUGAUUCUGUAAGGUGUUCUGGAAAACGAUUUUUCAGAAAGUGUCCCACUUUACCAAUACACCAAUGUUAGAUGUUAGAUUACUUUUUUGACUGAAUGUUGGUGGAGCCUGGCAGCAAUGAUUCUCUCCAACAACACCCUGGAGCGGCGCUGGGAAUGGAAAAGCUAAAUAUUUUGGUCCCCUGCCAUAGACAAAGUGGGCACUGCUUAUCACAGGGCAGCAUCAGCACUCACCUAAAAAUCCCAUAUACCACUAAAAUUCCCAAAUCCCAUAUUCCAUUCUCAUUGUUUUUGGGCAGAAUGAUGUGAGGUUUUAUGUGUUGUUGGAGGUGUGUCUUCGUCAGUUUAGCUCAGAAAAGCCCGCCCUCUUCAGUCUGCUGCCAUAGGCGGCCGCCUAAUCCUGCCUAAUGAGCGGGUCAGCCUUGCCUGCAUUAGCGACCGAUGUAGCCCUCUGCAGCACAGGCAAAACAAAUAUCCACAAAAGAAGUGCACUGGGCCUUUACUAGUGCCCCUUUAUUAGGGGACCGAUACAGCCGUCUGCAGUGCGGGAAGAAAUGUAGCAUUCAUGCUACACACACAUCACAAUUGCUGCUACCAGACUCUUAUUUACAGUAUAUUGCUUAUACUGCACAAUUUAAACACUUGCACCCCAAUCCCCUCUUUCUCUGAUACAUGUGUAAAUAUUGAACUAUAAAUUGUGCCUUCCUAAAAUGUUUGCUAAAAUGUUUAUUAUAUUCUACUGAGCCAUUUACAAUGGGCAAUUUCAGCUUUAUAAAUAUCUAGCCUAACAACUUAUCAACCUAAUACAACUACCACACAUUGAACUACCCUGUCUGGUCCAUGCACCUACAGUUUUAAAGUGAUUUUCUAUUGCAGUGCCCAAUCAUGCGCCAAAAAGUUUCCAAAAAGAUGUCUUGUGAACCCCACCCAUUUAAAAGACUUGAUUCCCGCCCCCCGUGUGCACUCAGGACCAACACUUCCCUUCUCUCGUAUUGUACUGUCAUGGGACUGAUCAAGUGCAGGACACAACCAUGGUUAUUAGUCUACUCUCUGUGGUAGCCAGCAGACGGUUUUGCUUUAGUCACAAAUGCGUAUGGACUAACACUUCAAUUUACAACUAUGCAGUUGAAUGUAUGUGAGAACUACGUCUAGUAGGUAUACCCAGACCUAGGAGAAUGAACUCAUUUUGGGGAAAUGCAACUCAUGGACGGGACCCUGACAACCGCAGGUUUACUGUAAGUGUUUUUUUUUACGCAUAUAAAGUGUUUUACACAUCAAGUUAAAGUGAUCGGUUCCGAUUUGCAAUAACACCUGACCCAGCUACCUCUGCGGAUUGGUAGUGCUCAUGUCUACCUAUUCAUAUUGACAUUCAUGCAGUUUGUCAAGGUAUUCAACAAACAACUCCAGACAAGACGCACACCUGCGCUUGUGCGUCUACAAGUUUGAAUCCACUGUAUUUUCCUACCUAGAAACAAUGAAUCUAUUUGAACUGACUUGCGUUUCUCUCCUGGUGAAGGUGGAGGGUUGUCCCAGCGGAGAGUCGCCGUUCCCUCUUGAUCUGAAUUCCAGGAAAAUACUUCACUCAUCGGAGUACGCGCGGUGUAACAGCCGGCCACCACCCGAGGGCGCUGGGUCGGUGACCGUCUCCGAGUCGGAGAGAAGGGACGGAAAAGGAAGCUUUUGCCAACAAUGUCAAAUUAAUGUGACUGAGCUGAAGAGGCAAGCGCUGGCCUUGGCAGACCCAAGUUCACUAAAGGUUUGUGAAUAAAUGUUUAACUUUACUUUGAGUCUCAAGUGCUGGUUGUAUUUGACCAAUAAUGCAAAGUAAUACUUUUCAUCAAUUUUACACCAAGGCUACCUAGUUUAUCAACCUGAAUUGACACCACCAUGACUCUGCUGAUCUGUGCUGUUGGUUGAUUUUUGUGAAUAUUGCAAUGACAUGGUAAUAACCUUUUCUUUCCUCCCCCCACUUGAAAUAAGUCCAGUGAGGUGGGUCUUAUGUUUAUUAUGAGGCAGGUGGUAAUGGGAGAUGAGUGUGUGUUUGUUCACCUCAUACUCUGUUGGCGUAAAACAGGGACAGGCUGCCUUGGUUUCACUCAUGUACAGCAGGUGAUAUAGGGGCACAGAUGGCAUGCUAAGAAUAAAGCUUGUUGCCACCCUCCUCCUAGUGUAGUUAGCAGUGUAUGCAUACAGUGUGAUUCUGCAGGUUUCUGACAAAGUCAAGAGUCAUGACCUAUGCCCCAGCUUUGCCUUGUGGUCCUCAUCACUGAUGGGCACCUUUCUGAUGGUUUUACGUUUGUACCCACUGCCCAUGUGCCUAUGAUAUAGUCCAGUGCGAUGGGUACACAACGGCAGGGUGAGACAUGGCUGUAAGACUUGUGAGGUCUGUAUUCCCAGCAUGUAGUAGCUGUGGCUAUAACUCCCCAUACCAACACACCUUAUUAUAGAGCUGCAGUUGUCCUCUGGCUGGGUGUAGAGAUAAUACAUAUCAAGUCCUUCUCCUCUGUGGAUACUGGAGUCAUGAGAGGCUGUGGGGUAUUGACUCCGAUUAUAAUGUCCCAGUCUUCCUGUGAAGUCUUAUUUCUCUGCUCACGGCCACACGCUGUUCAUGGAUGUGAAAACUCAGCAUCUGAAACUGAAAGGUCUUUGGAAGUGGCUCAUUGUUUUGCUAAACAAUGCUUAUCUCUUUAUUUUGUUGUUGGGGAGAGGGGUGGGGGGGGGGGGGGGGGAGGAGGGGAGAAAAAUAGGCGAGCGGCGGAGUCUGAGGAGGAAGUUAAGUCCCAAUUGACCUUCGCCAUGCAUUGAAAGUGUUCCUGUAUGGCUCGCCCUACAAUUCCCACCGCUGUUAAAUAUAGGCCCUCAGACUUUUUGUUGUUGUCACUUCUGCGUGAGUUUGCCCCAGGGUUUCUUCUCCUUUGUUGCCAUGUUGGAGGGAUGGUCUCAUGCUUAGCUUGGAUUACAAGCCCUCCAGCCUCCUCUGAACCCCCUCAACACCUCAUUUCUUAUGGGAACAGGGAGAUAAGGGACGGGGAAAAACUUUUUUGAGGAAUUUAACUUCUGUUUUUCUGUAUGUGUGGUCAGUCUCUCUGUGGGGGUGGCCUAAAUCAUAUCAGAUCUCUAUAUAUUGAAGCAUCAGGUAAGUCCCCCCUCCCCCAACAGACAUACUCUAUCCCACCUGCCAGUCCUUCUCCAUGGGAACUGAGUCCUCCCCUCUCAGUUACCUGUGUGGUCCUCUCCAGGUGUGGAGGGGUUGGAGGGUGGGAUGGGGGCUGCCCCUUCCUUCUCCCAUUAUGCACAUGUUGAUGGCUAAAUUGGGCCCUAAUACUAAGGUGGUAAACAGCCAAGGCGUGGUGCUCUUAAUGUGCUUGCCUCAUGGUAUCAAUUUCUCCAGCUGCAGGAGAAAGGGCUCCAUUGUCCUGUCGGGCCUGUGCUGCCCACCUGGAGGCUCUGGACUGGAUGUGGUUGUGGAUGGAUGGCUUUCACCUUUGGUGGAAGAGGGCUAGGUGAUGUGUGGUGGAAAGAUUGCUGUACUGGGUUGUUGGUGAUCCUGGCGUCAGAGCUACAGAGUUCUGCUGUACCUGUCAUGGUGGAUGGGUGCCAUCUGAGUUUACCUUGGGAAAGUGAGAGCCUAGGCUGUUUAUGUGAGGGCUUUCCCCUCUCCCUACCCUAUCCUCCUGCCGUCCCGUUUUUGUGAUGAGGAAGUCAGCGUGCCCCAUAGACAAUCUCCCCCCCCCCCCCCCCCUGCUUCCAGUAGACUUAUUUUUUUGAGUACAGUAGCAGUAACAGCCAACAGAUAAAUUCAAGGAAGACAGGUUUGGGUUGAAUGAGUGUGCUAUGCUGAAUCCCUAGGCAGGGGCUGGCUUGGGAGUCUUCACUGGGAAAUACACAGACACAGUGAACUGCCUCAGAAGUGGAUUUUGUGUUAUCCUGUUUGUCUUUCAAAGAAUCCUCUCAGGUCAGUCUAAUGUUGUUAUGACUCAUUGGGGAACUUGGAGAGCUCCUGUUCUCACUAGUGUCUCUAUGCUCUGGGCCACUGGCUCAGUGUCAACCUGAAGGAGCUCAGAGUAGCAGCAGCCAGCAGACAGUACAGCUGGACUGGGAGGGAGACGGUUGCUGCAGUGCUGUGA